AUGGCAGAAUCGCAAGAAGAACGUGUUUUAAGCGAGGGUCCUCCUUUAUGCACAUCACUUUGCCGAAAUUCAUUAAUGGAGGUCAAUAUAGUUGAACCGUUAGUUUUUGUAGCAUCUGGUAUUUCAGAAAAUUUACCAUACGAUAGAGAAAACUUAGCCGGCGAUGUCGCAGGCCACGAUCAGCAGUCGAACAAGGCCCUGCAACCGUCGGAUAUUAGUGAGGUUGGAAGUGAAGAGAUGGAGCUUGGUGACGAGUUACCAGAUCAUGGUUGCCUUCAAGAAGAUGAGAUACCAAGAGUUGGCAUACGGUUUGCGCAGCUAGAGAUGGCUAAUGACUUUUAUGUUACCUACGCCAAGAAAAUAGGAUUUGCAACUAAGAUACGGACGACAACAUAUGACAAGAUCACAAAGAUACCCGUUAACCAAGCUAUCCACUGUAAUCGCGACGGAAUUUGUGGGUCUCGUGUCAAAGCACCAAUACGGAAGAAUACAAUUUUUGCUGCUGGGUGCAAGGCAAGGAUAUAUGUCAAGUUUGACAAAGACAUGCAAGAUUGGAUUUUGUUCAAGGUUGACUUGAGGCACUCGCAUCCUUGUUCAGCGAGAAAGGCUGUUCACUACCAUGAGUAUAGGAAGCUGAGCAUGCAUGCGAAGUGCGUGAUCGAGAAUAACGAUGAGGCUGGGAUUCGACCAAAUAAGACCUUCCUAGCUUUGGCAAAUGAGGCUGGAGGGCCGUCUAACCUGGGAUUCUCAGAAAAAUAUUUAAGAAACUAUAUAACAGCGAGGCUCCGAACUAGCAACGUGGAUGCUGAUGUCAGGGAGAUGAUGAGCUACUUUAUGAGGAUGAAGGAGAUCAAUCCGAACUUCUUUUACGCGGUGAAGCUGGAUGAAGAUUGUAAAUUUAGGAGUGCAGUAUGGGUGGAUGCAAGGUGUAGGGCGUCAUAUGAAUACUACAGAGAUGUCGUGUCUUUUGAUAGCACCUACAGUACAAACAGGCAUGGAUUACCGUUUGUGUCGUUCGUUGGGGUCAAACAUCAUGGUAGGUCGACCCUCCUCGGUUGUGCUUUGCUGGGAAAUGAGGAAAUUGCAAGUUAUGAGUGGGUUUUCAGCCAAUGGGUGAAGUGCGUUGGUACUGUUCCACAGCGUAUCAUAACCGAUCAAUAUCUGUAUGAUGACCGGCGCAUGUGGGUCCCGAUAUGCUUCAAGUGUGAAUUUUGGGCUGCCAUGAGGAGUACGCAAAGAAGUGAGAGCAUGCACGCAUUCUACGGUGGAUACUUACACAGUAAAACUAGCUUGGUUCAAUUUGUUCACGAAUAUGACAAUGUGCUUGGAGUGAAGGAGCAGAGGAAAUUGGAGGAUGAUGCGGCAGACUUAAGGGGUGUUAUCUCUUGUGCAACGAGCUCGCCUAUUGAGAAACAGUUUCAACAAGAGUACACUACCAGCAUGUUUAGGGAUGUUCAAACGGAGUUCAUAAAAAAGGCUAAUUGCAGGGUCUCUAUCGUUGUUGAAGAUGGGCCAUCGGUGUCCAUCAGGGUAGAAGAGGAGAAAUUAGUCAACGAUACUAUAAUUUGCAUUUCGUACGAUCUACAUUUUGACCGGACCACACAGGAGGUUCGGUGUGAGUGCAAUCUGUUUGAGAGUUCAGGUGUGUUGUGCUAUCACUGUCUUGAAGUUUUUCACUCGUAUAAAGUUUACAAAGUACCUCCCUGUUAUGUUCUCCCUCGAUGGAGCAAGAAAGUAAAGUGCAAGCAUACGUAUGUCAGGAGUAGCCAUGAUGUCAGUCGGUCGGAUGAGAGUCAUGUUGCAUUCAUGGGACUUUGUGCACAGUUCUAUAAUGUUGCUCAAGAGUUCGUCGGUGACGAUGACGAAACAUCAUUGCUACAUGCUGCUUUGGAUGAAACAAGGACCAAGUUGGCAGCACACCGUGCAAAGAAGAGGUCCGAGACCGUGUCUGAUGCCCACGCCAGCUUCGGCUCACAGAGUUCAAAUGACAUUAGUGUUGAUGACAUCCAAGGCCCAUCGAAGGUCGCCACAAAGGGCAGGCCAAAGAGUAAGAGGCUCGGCGCUGCCCUUGAAAAGUCUUUCAAGAAUUCAGCUCGGAGGAAUCACAAGAAAUCACCCCCGGUGUUUCGUCCUCACGCUUCGCAAGAUGUAAACCUUCCUUCUGUUGUUGGUCGGAAUGUUCCCUUACAAGUCGGUGGUUUCAUGUCUUUGUUAAGCUCCUUCAACAAAAAUUAG